ACGCGCGGUUGCUAGGGGCGCCAUGGACGCUACCAAGAGGCCUCUGUACAUCCCCCCGCAGAUGGGGCUCUACGCGGAGAAGCACCGUCUUUUCGACAUGAUGCAGGAAUUGCUGGGAAAUUUGCUAAUCCACCGGCCGGAGAACCCCCUGGACUUCUUGAUAAGGCAGUUAAAAUUCAGCAACUGUGACGCUCCAAGGAUCUUUCUACUUGGCCCUCCAGCCUCUGGGAAAACUACUAUUGCGAUGUGGCUGAGUAAACAAUUGAUAAUUCCCCGUAUUUCCCGGGAGACUUUGUUAACCCAUGAAUGGUCAGCCCUAUCAAGUGAAGUGCAAGGAUAUCGGGAGAGGAAGCAGAACAUUCCUGAAGAUCUGUGGGCCCAGCUGAUUGAGGAACGCAUGAAGCUUGAGGACUGUCUCUGCAGCGGUUGGAUCCUUGAAGGAUUUCCUGACAGCCGAGAACUUGCCAGGUGCCUGCAAGUCCGGGGGAUCAUUCCUAGACACGUCGUGGUGCUCUACGCUCCCGAUAUCGUGCUGAUCGAGCGGAAUCUGGGAAAGAGAGUGGAUGAAAUCACCGGAGAGGUGUACCACACCACUUUUGAUUGGCCCACUGACGAAAACAUCCGUUGGCGUUUGAAGGCACCCCGAGGCAUAUCUGAAAAAGAGACCGCUCAGAGGUUGCUGGAAUAUCACCGAAACUUCCCAGGAAUCAUUCAAUCCUUUGGGAAGUCCAUGAAGUUAAUCAAUGCGGACCAACUUUGUGCAGAUGCCUUCUGGCAAGUUCUGUCACAUGUCCGACAACCGCCUCAAACGCCCGCUCCGUUCUCACCGCGGAUUCUUCUCUGCGGACCUCCAGGAUCUGGGAAAAGUCUGCAGGCAGCUUUGCUAGCUCAGAAAUACGGCCUCAUCAAUGUUUGCUGUGCACAAAUGCUUAAGGAAGCUGCUACCAACGAUACCAGACUCGGGAAGUUCAUUAAGCCCUACCUGGACGGAGGAUGGCCAGUGCCAGACAAGAUUGUCAUCAAACUCCUGUCCAAACGGAUCAACAGACUGGAUUGCUACAUUCGAGGUUGGGUCCUGCACGGUUUCCCAAAAGAUGAAGAUCAAGCCAAACGUAUGCCGGGUGCCGGGAUUUAUCCGAACAGGAUUUUUUUCCUGAACGUCCCAGCUGAAACCAUUCUCGAGCGCCUUUCCUACUCCAUGGUGGAUCCGGUCAGCGGAGAAAGAUACCACACCUUGUACAAACCUGCCAUCACCAAGGAAGUCAACGACCGCCUGCUGAUCAAUCCGAAGGAGAUGGAAGAAACCAUCAAGAGCAAAGUCGACCUGUAUUUCAGGCUUUCGAGCAAUCUGGAGCAAUAUUUCGAAGACGCCAUUUUUAUCAAUGCCGACCAAGACCCGCAGACGGUGUUCGAGUACAUUGAGAGUUUCGUGAUCAACCCCUUGCCGGUCAAAGAGAUCUGGGACCUGUAGUAGCUCAGCCUCCGUAGUCAGGAAGCUGAGAAACCAAUUCCCAAUCUUAAGAAGAGACAAGGGUGAAAAAAAAUUGAGUCACUUGAAGUUUGCUAAAUAAGGAAGUCCACGCGAAGCCCUAAAAUGAGUUGGAAGUUCUUAAAAAGUUGACUAGUUCUAGCUUGAGUUUGCUUUGAUUUCUCUUCCUGGGUGAAAAGACCCUUUUCACACAACCCUCACAAGAGCCUGCUUUUGGGGGAGGGAGGGUGACGCUUUGGAAGGACAGGAUACGUGUCCCCUUCCCCAAAUUAUUGUUUAUCCCUUUGUUCUUCCCAAGCGAAGUUUUAAAAAAAAUAUAUUUGGAUUGUUAAGCGGGCCAAAAUUGGAUGAGCCCAGCUUUCUUCCUUUGGCUCCUGUUGUGUUUGCUGAAAAAUAAAAUCUCAUUUCUUCCCACCUUGAUUACUUGGUUUGGUUUAAACCGUGCAUUAUU